AUGGACGCGAGCGACGCUCUGCCGUCAUGCCUGCCUUCGUCCCUCCCCUCGUCCCUCCCUUCGUCCCUGCCUUCGUCGUGCCUCCCCUCGUUCCUCUCCUCCGCCAUUCACAAGCCCGCCGUCAUCGUCGUCGCGCUCUUCCUCGCGUGCCACGUCAUCUUCUUCCUCGAGUUCCCCGUCUCCUUCCGCCUGCCGCACAUCGCUGUUAUCGAGGAAGCCCAUAACGAAGCAGCCCCGAGCGCGCUAGUUGACGACAGUAGAAGCAGCAGCGGUCCUUCUUUUCGUAGUAGCAGCAGCAGCACUAGUAGUGUUCCUAUCACCGGCGCUACUCCCCGUGGCUCUGGUACUCCUCCGUUUGGAGGUUCAUCUCACGGCGACGUUCCCGUUAUAAGCCUCCUCGGCAUUUCCGAUUCAUGCCUCCGCCUCUUUCGCGAAAGGGCCGACAACAGCUUUCCUGAUUUCGGUAACAAAACUUUCGCGGACUCAAACGCCACGACGAUAUCUGCUGGUAGCAGCGCGGCAGCAGGUCGGUCACGGUCUUCCGGGGGCGCAAGUGCGGCGGAAUUAGACGCGUGUCGAACACGCCUCCUCGAGGCCUUUCGACAGCUGGCCCUUCGCGCUCAGCAGGCGGAGCAGGUGGCGCAGGGGGCGGGUGGGGAGCAGGGGGAGCAGGGGGGGGCGGAGAAGGGGGAGAUGGGGGAGCAGGGGGGGCAGGCGGAGAAGGGGGAGAAGGAGGAACAGGCGGAGCAGGCGGAGAAGGCGGAGCAGGAGGGGGAGGAGGAGCAGGAGGGGGAGGAGGAUAAGGUGCCACUAACGAAGCUUAAAUCCGAGGCUAACAACACCACCGAACCACCCACGGCGGCUAGUAUUAGCAACAACACCGAGCCACCCACCGAACCAAUCAAGAACAGCACCGAGCCUCUGACCGAGGCUGAGGUGGCAGAGCAGCAGGCAGGUUCGGUGGGGCAGGUGUGUUCGGAGGGUUGGAAACGUGGUGUGCUGGCACGCGCUGCCGGCAGCAGCUACAUCCGAGCGGCUGUAGCGGCAAAUCCAGGGACGAAUCAGAACGUGGGAGCGGCUGUAGCGGUGUGUGUAGAGACGCCUCAAAGCGCCGGAGCGGCUGUAGCGGCGAAUCUGACGGGAAUAGAGGGCAUUGAGGCGGGUAUAGACGAAGUGUGUGGGGGGGUGAAGGAGGUGGAGAGGCGUCUGGUGGGGGGAGGGCAGGCGGACGGCUGUCACGGGGGCGACGGGAGUGUUGCAGACGAUAAGAGUGGUGGGAGUGGUGGGAAUGGCGGAAGUGGCGGGAGUGGCGGGGCGGGUGGGGAUGGUGGGAGUGGCGGGAGCCAAGAGAACUGCAAGCAGUGGCCUGAAAGCUGCUGGCCGGUUCCCGGGGUGCCUCUUUCCCUCUCACACGUAC